AUGCAGAGAGGCAGGUCAAAUGACAACAGAUCCCAGGAUCCACAGAUAUCCCAGGCCCCAAAUUUCAAUAAUCUGGAGAUCAGAGGUGCCUGGAGUGGGGAUCCCAAGAAUCCAGUGGACAUCCGGAUUUCUCUUGAGGUGAAAUGCGUCCCAAACACAGAACUUCCGCUGCUCAAUAUCAGAUCUCCAAACACAUCGUUAGUCAAGACGUUCUCUGUCCGCCUGGAGUCUGAUGAAUGGGGACGGGGAAACCAGUCGCGCGACGGUCCACCACAGAGCCCUCUGUUUGCUUUCUCUUCUGUUAUCUCUGAAGAUGGUGAUAACUCUUCCACUCGGGUUGAAUGCACAUCAAAAAAAUCGUAUUCUCUGGAUUUAGAAUCCUCUCCUGAGUCACAGACGAGCAAUGGAGAUGAUGACGAGCGGUUUCGCCAUCAUAACGCUCGCUCCUUCAAGCAGCUCUCAUUCUUACCCCCGACCUUUUCGUCAGCUCUAUGCGUCAAUGCCACAAAAUGCGAUGAAUGGGACUACUUGCAGAGGAAGAGAAGCGCUACAGUAGCUCACCUUUCUGAUUCUGAGUCGGAGUCCGAAAAAGGAAAGACAGGCCAGUCUAGUGCAGCUACGGAAUCAACUGCCAAGGCAAGCCUCGCCAAUUCUAUUCCUGGGUCUGAUAUAUCUUGUGAACCAAAAGACGACGGAAAAGUUAAGUGCCGCAGCGAAUCUUCCCGACCAACGAUCCCUUCUCGCUGGAGGCCCUGUUUGAUCCCUAAACGAGUCACCCUGGCCAAAGAAACGGGCCCAAAGCAAUCCUUAUUAGAACAGCCGUCUGAGGACACGGCUACUACAUUGAAUGGUGCAACUGGUCUUUCUCCAUGUGCUUCAGUCCAGAAUAACGUUAACGAUAAUUUGGUUAUCCCCCUUGCUGCUGCUACCAUAAGUAGCAAAGCAGCCUUGACCCCGAGAACCAUCGAUGCGUCUCAGAGAAAAGAGACCAGUCCAGCAGGUCCAAGUGAUUUCGGGCAAUACGAAGUCGUCGAGGGCGAGUUGGCAUGUCCCAAAUCUCGCAACGAAUUAUUGCCGAUCCCUACCGAUGCCUCUAUUGCAGAGAGGACAGUGGAGGCUUCAGAAUCUACCACAGCAUCUCCUGAGCUGUCUGCAGGGAUCAAAUGCUGCAGAAGUGGCUUACUUGCUUGCGAAUGCAAGAAUUGCCCGGUUCUUGAACAGGAUCCCGAGCUCGUCCUUCAAAAUGGAAUUCUGUUUAUCAAAAACCCUAGAGAUGUCAGGCCAGCAACAUACAAAUUUUCCAUCACCGUAUCCGUCGUUUUGGUUAAGAAUAGAUCGACUGGAUGGUUUAACUUGUUUCUUCCAGGCCUCCCUAAACUGAGCGACGACGACCGCGGAUAUUUCCUGUUCCAGGUCCCUGAAAAACGAGGCUUGGAAUUUCGGACCACCAAUCUGCAACGAUAUAAAAUGGUGGAAAAUUGCUUCUUUGCUGAGUUUGCUAACUCCGCGAAUUUUGUUGUCCCAUUGCGCGUCUGCAAUAAAAGGUUCUAUGGCGUCAUCAGGGACUUUACAGUCGACCAAGAAAUCAGAGCUGAGCACAACAUCCGCGAUGCCACCAGCACUAGUGGUGACGGAGAUGGCCAAACCAAUCUCUCUGUGAAGUACAACGCACUCUGUUCAUUAAGAUUGCACAACCGUUGCUUUUCCUCGGAAAAAUGCUGUUUCUUCCUUUACGUUGACGGCGGUCCAGAUGGUUUCUAUCAGUGCCAAAUAGAUCCGCAGAGUGCAGGUCUCCAGAUCAUUCGUUUAAAUAAGGAGGAAGAAAGGCCAAUCGGUUUGUCUCAUGUCAGAAUUAUCUGUUCUCCAAAACACUUAGAGAUGUUUUGUCUGAGUUGGGAGAUCCACGUCCCUGGUAAAAAGGCAAUGAACUGGCUUCCCCGCAUCUACCCGGCAUCUGCCAGUUCCUGUCACGGUCUCAGGCACUACCUUAGACGUACAUUUACGGAACUGGAAGCUAGGUCUCUAAGUGAAGAAUUAUACUACAAUGACAAGGUGGGGAAUCAUGAGGAAGGGCAAGCGGAACCUAGUAGUGAGUUUGAUGAAGAUGGCGCCGAAGACAGUGACUACUCUCACUACAGUGAAAGCGACGAGUUCAACCCUUUUGCGCAUUUUUUGGACUUCCGGUUAGAUGAAUGCGAGCCAUCACUGGUUCUCCAGGUUAUUUCGAGGAUUGUCAUGGCUUUGUGUCGCCCGAGCAGCGUCUUCACGGAAUGGAGAGUCUACUACGUCGGAGGCUUGACUCCAUCCAAGAGGCGAACUCUUCUGUCGGCGUGUUGUAUCGGCUUCCUAGUGCUUCUGACGGUUUUCUCGAUCAGGUUCUAUCCUGCCUCUGCUGAUCUCUUCGGAUAUUCGCAGGAUCCCAACAAUUCGGCACCAUUGAUAACUUUGAAUGGCUAUCCCGGUCUGGAGAGAUACAACAUUAGUCUGCUCAAGAACGAACCGCGGGACCUCCUGCGUGGAUUCGCUAAGAAUAUGCUCAGGAUUGCUAAGAGUGACACUCAAAAUCAUGAUGCUCUCACCCCUGCUGAGUUGAAUGUGGAUAUGCCUAGGACGUUGAACGAUGAUGAAAACGACAAUGUCGAAGGCCUCGAAGAUGUCACUCAUUCUGGAGAAGAGAAUACUGUCAAAUUUCGCGUUGAGACAGAAGACAUACCGGAAGAAGAUGCACCUACAGUUCAGAGUCAAGAAUCACCUGCUGCCUCUCCUAAGGAAUCUAUGAAGUCUCCCGGACCCUCAUUGAGGGACAGAAUCGACUAUCUCCUGGGUUGGAGUGGACCAGUUUUCGAUAUGGCCGAGGAUCAUUAG